GGCGGCCAGCAUGAGGGGAGCCAGCACCCUGGACGGGGCACCCAAGGUACUCCUGGCCAGGGCCCUCUACGACAACUGCGCUGACUGCGCCGACGAGCUGGCCUUCAGCAGGGGCGACAUCCUGACCAUUCUGGAGCAAAAUGUGCCGGAAAGCGAGGGCUGGUGGAAAUGUCUGCUCCAUGGGAAACUGGGCCUGGCCCCUGCCAACCGCCUCCAGGUCCUCAUGGAGACCCCCGAGGACAGGCCCUGCCCCCCAUUCACGAGGGGCCUAGAAAAUGCUCUUGCCAGCCCCGGGAAGACCGGCCAGGCGCCCACCCAGCUCAGCCCCGCGCCGCCUGGGCCCGUGUACGAGCCAAUGAGGAGCUGGGUCAAGGGACCCCCGCCAGCCCCCGCCCAGGACUACGAGUUUCCCAACCCGCUGGCCAGCGCCAGCGUCGUCUGCGAAAAGGCGCUCAGGGGUCCGACUCAGAAGAGAGAGGAGCAGAUACUCUAUGACAUACCCGCCAGCGCCCAGAAGGCAAGAUGGGGUGCCCCCGCCGGCCCCGCGAGUGUGAGCAUGACCAGUGCUGAGCGUCCAGGUGGCCAUCCUCUGGGAACUCCCACGAGCGUGGCCCCGACGAGGAACGGCCAGAGUGUACCGCUGACAUCAGCGACGGCCCUGACAAGGAGCAGCUACAGCUCUCUGCCAAACCCUCAGAAAUCAGAGUGGACUUACGACACGCCGACGCCUUCAGAAAAAGCCAGUGCCAGAAACGCGCCUCUGCCCGGCUUCCUGGAAGGGCCGGGGCCCCAUGCCCAGCCCUGGCAUGUGUCCAGCUUCCCUGGUGCCCCGAACAGCAGAGCCCUGCCCCCCGCGCCACACCUGCCUAAAGAUGCAGCCACGCAGAAGAAACUCAGCCUUCCAGAAAGCUCUUGCUACGGCCGCCCGGCGCCCCGGGACGCUCUACCCUCGGGGGAGGGGACCUCCUACAGGGUUCCUGCCAGCUUCCUGGCUCCCCGGGUGGAGCAGCAGAACACCAGACCCAACAUCUACGACUUGCCCACAGGAAUGGUGAGUGGCCCGCAGCCCGCGAAAGAGCAUGGCGGAGCUUCGGAGGCGCCCCGGGACCCCACUUCCUUGUGCCUCUCCAGGCGGGCGGCGUCGCUGUCUCCCGAGCUGGACAGACUCUCCGCUUCCAGCUCUGACAGCAGAGCCAGUGUCGUGUCCUCCGGCUCCUCUGUGUCCACCGACUCUUUGUCCAGCUCCUCGGAGGAACCGGCCAUGGCGCUGCCCAUGGACCAGGACGCGGCCAAAGAGACGGCGGCGGCCCUGGAGCACAGGGUGGCCAGCUGCAUCGCGGGCCUGAUGCUCUUUGUGAACAGGCGGUGGCGGUCCCGGGAGUACCUGGAGGCCAACGUGGACGCCAUCCGCAGGGCGGUGAAGUGCACAGAAGGUUCUCUGAGAGAGUUCCUGGACUUCGCGCGGGCGGUGGCGAGGACGGCCUCCCAGCUCCCUGACGGUCACCUCCAGGCCAGGGUUCGGGAGCAGGUCCAGCUGAUCGCCCACUCGCACCAGAUCCUGCUUGAAACCAAGGACAGCCUGGAGAGCUUGGACUGGUCCCUGGAAGUCCUGGUGGCUGACAAAGUCCAAACCAGCCCCGAUGACCUGGAGAGAUUUGUCAUGGCGGCGCGGAUGGUUCCAGAAGACGUCAAGAGAUUCGCCUCCAUCGUCAUUGCCAACGGGAGGCUCCUUUUCAAGCAGAAUUGUGAAAGGGAAGAGACCGAACUGUUGACCCCCAGUGCAGAAUUGAACCUUGCAAGAAGCCCUCAGCUUGCCCAAAGGGAACACGCCUUGCACCAAAGCAGCCCCCCUCUCCAUCAGCAAAGGGAAAGUGGACCGUCCCCUGAGCUCUUCACGCAAAACAGGACCAAGGCCUGUGACCAGAGUCCUGGCUGUCUCACCCCCCGACCUUCCAGCCUCCAGAAGCCCGAGAAGAGGAUCCACCUCUCUGAGCACAGCCGCCUCUACUUCGGGGCGCUCUUCAAAGCCAUCAACACCUUUUCUGGCAGCCUCCACCACAGCCAGCCCCCCACGGUCUUCAUCACGCGGAGCAAGGCGAUCAUCGUGGUGGGGCAGAAGCUGGUGGACACGCUGUGUAAGGAGACGCAGGACAGGGACGCGCGAAACGAGGUCCUCUGUGGCAGCAACCACCUGUGCAGCCUGCUCAAGGGCCUGGCGCUGGCCACCAAGCAGGCAGUGAUCGAGCACCCCAGCCCCGCGGCCCUCCGGCACUUGCAGGCGGAGAUCCAGAAGCUGGAGCAGCAUGCGCGGCAAUUCCGGGGGAUGCUGGGGUGA